GAGCUCAAUAUAGUUCAGGGCUUCAGGGCUUCAGGUUCAUUUUGGUAUUACAAUUUUUGGUCAAGGAAUCAAUUUCUGAUUACAAGGUGAGAUCACACCUAUUCCGAUUUUAUCAUGUUUAAGUAAACGCAAGAAUUAUCUUAUGUCAAAAUCAUUCUCACUUUUUAAUUUCAUUCUAAAGUAAGUUUCCAAACACAAUUAUGCGUAAGUGAAUGCUAUUUAAAUGCUGUUUAUAGUACAAAUUAUGAAGUCCACGCCACAAUUAUUUGGGGUGUUGCUAAUACAUAUACCUAGUAAAGCAAAACCCACCUUCUCUCGCUUGAGUCCGCAAAAGCUCCUACCCCAGUGAGGAACGAGGAACUGAGACUUGGUUGGUCAUGGAUAUCUCUCUUUUUGUUCUUUCAUUUGUUUAAUUUCUUAGUUGAGGGCAUGGGUAGUGUGUUUUGUUUUGCUCUGAAUUCAAUUUGCUUAUCCAAGACACAAGAUUAGGUAGGAUUUCCCGCCACAUUUGCUCUCUGAGGAGGAUCGAACAAGAUGCUGUGGGUGGACAAGUACAGACCCAAAACCCUAGACCAGGCAAUGGUCCACCAAGACAUCGCCCAAAACCUCAAGAAACUUGUUGCGGAGCGGGACUGCCCCCAUUUGCUGUUCUACGGGCCUCCUGGCUCCGGCAAGAAAACCCUAAUCAUCGCCCUUAUUCGUCAGAUUUUCGGACCCAGCGCCGACAAGGUAAAGGUGGAAAACAAGACAUGGAAAGUUGAUGCUGGGAGUAGAACCAUUGACAUCGAGCUGACUACAUUAUCAAGCAACAAUCACUUUGAACUAAACCCCAGUGAUGCAGGCUUUCAGGACAGAUACAUUGUUCAAGAGAUCAUUAAGGAAAUUGCUAAAAAUAGACCCUUUGACACAAAAGGAAAAAAGGGAUAUCAAAUCUUGGUGUUGAAUGAAGUUGACAAACUUUCCAGAGAAGCACAGUAUUCUCUUCGAAGAACUAUGGAGAAAUAUAGUGCUUAUUGCCGCCUAAUACUAUGCUGUAACAGUUCUUCAAAGGUUACUGAAGCAAUCCGAUCACGGUGUCUAAAUGUGCGAAUAAAUGCACCAACAGACGAACAGAUUGUUAAGGCACUGGAGUUCAUUGGAAAGAAAGAAGGGCUUCAACUUCCUUCUGGAUUUGCUGCCCGUCUAGCUGAAAAAUCAAACAGGAACUUAAGGAGAGCUAUAUUGUCUCUAGAAACUUGUCAUGUUCAACAGUAUCCCUUUACAAGCAACCAAAUAAUUCCUUCGAUGGAUUGGGAGGAAUAUGUUUCAGAAAUAGCCUCUGAUAUAAUGAAGGAGCAGAGUCCGAAAAGGCUUUAUGCGGUGCGCCAAAAGUUGUAUGAGCUUCUUGUUAACUGUAUCUCCCCUGAGAUCAUUCUUAAGAGGCUGCUUUAUGAGUUAUUGAAGAAAUUGGAUGCAGAAUUGAAGCAUGAGGUCAGCCAUUGGGCAGCAUAUUAUGAACAUAGGAUGCGUCUUGGGCAGAAAGCCAUAUUUCACCUCGAAGCGUUCGUGGCCAAGUUCAUGAGUAUUUACAAGGCUUUCCUCAUUGCAGCGUUUGGCUAAACAUCAGGAUAGCAUGUUUUCCUUUAAUCUAAAAUGUGAGUUUUCUGUCCAACCAGUGGCAGUAAAUUGUGCACCAGUUUCAUUGUUUUAUCAUUUCAGUAGAUAUACAGUCAUGGAAAGAUGUGAAUUCCUACAAGAUAAAACUGUGUAUUGGUUUUAUCUCUCUAUGCACUUUCUCUUUUUUGGCUCAGUUUGUAAAGUGCGUUUUCUUUUUCAAAAUUAGAUGACUGAGGCCCAGUCAACUCCCCUACAUAACUGUUGGCGCCACAGGGCUUCGCGGUCAUCUUUUUAUUUAUUCA